CGAGACUUCCAUUGUUGAAGAGGACUGGGGCUUGAAGUUUUCAGAUCUGUAGAUGAACCAUAACAGCAUCAAGAUGUCGGGACGUUCAGGCCGCGCAGAGACCCGAAGUCGGGCUAAAGACGACAUUAAAAAGGUCCUGGCAGCCAUCGAGAAAGUCCGUAAAUGGGAGAAGAAAUGGGUGACGGUAGGAGACACAUCUUUACGCAUAUUCAAGUGGGUGCCAGUAACGGAGACGAAGCAGAUAUUUCGCACCAAAUCGACUGGUGGCGAGGGCAGGGGUUUAAAAGAUGUGGUCCUAGAGAACAAUAAUACUUUACUGGAUUUUACUGAUGAAAACAGCAACCAGAGCUUCCUGUCAGAUGUUUAUCAGCCAAAAAUGGAUAACAGCAGCAGCAGCAACUCCAGCUCCCAGCAGGUCAGCCCCCCCCACCCCUACAGCCUCCGAGCUGAAGACUCUCAGCCCCCGAUGCUCGGCCAGGAGAGCGUGGACGAGCCAGCUCAUUCAGGACGGGAAGCUGCAGACGAGCCCCCAACUCUCAUCAAGGAGGACCCUCUCACAUCAGGAGCUGUCAGACGGGGUGCCUCAGACACACAGGAAGAGUUGGAUGAAUCAGGAGCACCUUCUUUAAAGCGGAUCUGCACAGGGGAAACCACCUCCCUAAGAUAGCUUAUUUAUAACUAUUUUUGUCAAAAUGCACGGUAGGGGAUCUGGGUGGUUGGAAGAAUAACAAGGCUGUCAUAGUGAUUGUUUAUUCAUAUCUACACAAAUAGUACUCCAUACAUUUGAGCUAAUGGGGAAAGUAUCCCAAGAAUGUUGCUUUAUUUCUCACUUUGAGAGUCUUUGAAGUCUUGUUUGGUUGAAAUAUUUUUAAACAAAGUGAAGAGGUUAUUUCAGACUAUUGUGCAUUUCCACACACACUCUGUACAUGUUUCAAGAUUCUGCCACAAGUUUGAUUUUUGUCUUCAUGUGUUGCAGUUUUUUUGGCAUGUUUCCAUCAUAUUUUUUAUGAAGUAUUUCGUGUAUCUCAUUUAGCAGAUUGGUGGUUAGAUGUGCCAUUAUAUUUGAGCUUGAUGGGGGAAUUUUUCCAGAAUAAAACAAGUCUUUUUUUUUUUUGAAUA